GCCCACUCCGGGCCCUGGGCCAUGAGGCCUGCAGGCCGCACUCAGCUCAGCGCUAAAUCAAUUACACCGAGAGGAGCAGAGCAGCGGGGGGCGGAGCCACACAGAGGGCCCCUCGAUUUUGCUCGUAAAAUAAAGCGGCCAGAGCCGGUUUAAACGUGAAUGUGCGGGGACACACGAGAAAAAUACUGAAGAAAGAAAAGUACAGGGCCUGCAGAGCCUCCCUGUCCCUGAGCCCAAGACCGAGGCGACAAAAUAAUGUCACGUGACAAAAAUGGGCUGUCCUCUGACGGGGCUGAAAAAAGCCAUUUUCUGGCGCUGCUGCAAAAUCCAGAGAAGUCCCAAUAAUUCAGCAGGAUCGUGAGUGGAGCAGAGGCGGACUUUGAUGUGUAAUCAGACCAGUCCAGAUGGAGAAAAUGCAGCCCAGCCGGAUUAAAAUCACGGAGCUCAACCCACACCUCACAUGUCCACUGUGCGCUGGCUACUUAGUUGAUGCCACCACCAUUGUAGAGUGCCUGCACUCCUUUUGUAAAACAUGUAUCGUUGCCUUUUUGGAGACAAAUAAGUUCUGUCCUCGAUGUGACGUUCAGGUUCAUAAGACGUGUCCACAGCUCAGCAUCAGAGCUGACAAAACCCUACAAGAUAUUGUAUAUAAGCUUGUCCCAGGGCUAUUCAAAGAUGAGAUGAAGAGGCGACGGGACUUUUAUGCAGAAAACCGUGAGCUGGAGCCUGGGGAAGUAGUGGAGACAUUUAACAUCGCAGAGGAUGAAAUCAUCAGUCUUUCCAUACAGUUCUACGAGAGGAACAAAAAUAAGGACAAACAGCAUUCAGAAGUGGACAAUGAUAAGUCCAAUGGUAAACGGUUUCUGCAGUGCCCUGCUGCCAUGUCUGUCAUGCACUUAGCGAAGUUCCUCAGAAGCAAGAUGGACAUACCCAGCAACUAUCGGGUGGAGGUGUUGUAUGGAGAUGAACCCUUGAAGGACUACUACACACUAAUGGAUAUUGCUUACUUUUAUGAGUGGAGAAGAACUGGGCCCAUUCCACUGCAGUAUUUGGUCAAACCCAACCGGAAGCGCAGGAGGCCGUCCCAGUCUGUCGCAGCAGGUAACUCGGACGGGAUCAACACGAGCCCAGCAUCCGAAAGUGACUCCCACAGCGACAAAGCUCUCCACAGUCCCCCAUCUGGUACCCCAUCAACACCCAGAGGCACCUCACAACAGUCUGGAUCUUCACCCAAAAACCAGCCACCCUCUUCACAAACCUCCUCCAACUGUAAUACCACUGUGCCCGCCUCUCAGCGACACUCUCAAGCCUCAAAACAAGGGGGCAGUAGCGCACGAAAGGUGACUGUCAAUGGCACGAGUAGCGGAAAUGGCAAAGAAGAAAGCAGGGGAGGUGAAAAGAGUGGGGCUAUGACUUAACCCCUUUAUAUUCUCAAAGGGAGGACAAUUUUCAAUUGCAUCCUUUUUUUUUCUUUUAAACAGCAAAAUGUCCAGAAUUUGAAGGACAAAUCUGUGGCAGAAUCUUCCAUCUGCUGACAAUGACUGGUUCUUUGGCCAAAUAGACACUUGUAUGUGUGUGUUUCUGUGUGUUAGACUAGACCCGUGCACACAUACAAACUGUAUAGUAUGUAACAAAUGUGAGCAUGUGUGCAUAAUAUGUAUAAACUUAUCUUUUAUACAAGAUAUUGUAAUUGUUUUGUAUUGUAUAUGCAGUGUGUCUGUCCCAUUUCCAUAGGUUUCAUCUAUUUGGCUUUGGUAAAACAUGAGUCAAAAGCUAUUGGAUGUACAUGAAGAGCUAAGAUAUUUGCCUUUAAACUUCCAUGUUAAUAACUGCUGUAUAAGUGUCUGGUAUAGUCUUCAUUUGUUCUUAACUGACAAUGCACUUUCAUAACACAACCAACAACUAUUUUCAAGCCAGAGAAGGCAUUUAUCCUUUAACAAAUGUUUUAAGCACUACCACUGUUUUAUGUCUGUUAGAAAAUUGUGAAUUGCAUUUUACGGCAGCCCACCACCUCAAAAGGGAUAUGAAUUUUGGCUGUGUACGUUUGUUGUAGCUCCUCAAAUUUCAACAUUCCAUGCAUUUUCUUUACAUCAGACAUGGGGGCAUUUGGAUUGGCCGUACAUGCAUGUUUUAGGUCAAUAAAAAUGUUAACUUAAUAGUU